CAGAAAAGCGGGAGACACAAAUAAAGGCGUGGUCAGUCAGAGAGAGAGAGAGAGUUAUGGAGAAAUCUAAGCUUAAGUGAGUGAGAGAGGGAGAGCCGGGAAAUAAACAGAAGUACUGUUUGGAGAGAGGGAAAGUGACAGAUAUAUUUUCCGGGAAAAAAAAUGACGACUGGAAGAAUGGUGCAAGAACAGAACCUAGAGAAGCACAUAAAGAAACAGAUGGGGUGCAUGGCUGGCUUCCUCCAGAUCUUCGAUCGCCACCAGCUUCUCAGCGCCAAACGCCUCCCUUCCUCGGCGACGGCGGUGUCGUCGCCAGAGUCGGAGUCGGCCACGUCGCCGGAGAUAUCCAAAGAAUUGGAAAAACAACCGCAGAACAAGACGGCACCGUCUCCAGACCGAUCGAAGCAAUCUCCAUCUCCGAUGACGGAUCUCCGACCUCCGUCACCAGAAACUCGCGCCCCUUCGUCGCCGGAACCUUAUCCGAAAUCUCCUCUUCCGCUUCCAGUUUUCGAGUUCAAAGAAGGCACGAGGUCGUCGUGGAAGUUUUCCAGAGAAGCCCCGAGGCUCUCACUCGAUAGCAGAGCCACCGUCGACGCCAAAGGAAGCCUAUACCCGAGGGAGAUCCGAACAAACGCCGCCAUACUAACCGCGAGUCGAAGCUCCAACGUCGACGGAGGAAGCGAUAGCGAGAAGCAACACCGAUCGCCCAGCGUUAUUGCGAGGCUAAUGGGACUUGAACCAAUACAGCAGUCAAAUCCCGAACCGAUUAAACUCCGGAGAUCCGCGUCCGAGUCCAGAGUGAACCGAGAUCUGAACCAGUACCGGUUCGUCGACGGAAACAAUUUCCAGCAGAAGCAACCGCCGCAACAGAAUGUGCAGAGCCAUAAUUUUCCCGGCAAUGCAGGCAAAGACGACCGGAGCUCCAAUCGGGGCACCAGUCCGAGGCAGCCAGAUCCGAAGAACAAUGCGAAGGCUCAGAGCAAAGGAAUGGCGCAGAGGAAGUGCUUCUACGACUCGGCGGACUUCUUCCCGGAGCCGAAGCAGAGUGUCUCUGUAUACAACGAGAUUGAGAAGAGGUUGAAGAUGCCAGGAAUCAACGAGCCGUCGAAAGAUUUGGAGACGUUGAAGCAAAUCCUCGAAGCUCUGCAGCUCAAAGGCCUCCUGCACUCCAGGAAAGCUUCCAAUCAGAUUAAUUCCAGAAACUUCGUCUACGAUCGGAGCUUCGAAUCACCGAUUGUUGUAAUGAAGCCGUCCAGAUCGCCGAGCUCGACUCACCGUGCGGCCAGAUUCGGAAACGAGUCGCCGCCACCCAGUUCGGGGUUCAGGUCUAGGGCCGGAGUUCGCCGGAAUGGUGAGUUGUCGCCGGCGGUGAGCCCGAGGCGCGACCUGCCGGAGAAUGUACGGAGCCAGACCAGAGGGAGGAGUCCGGCUGCGCGCGAGGGCGGCGUGAGGAGUCCGAGUAGGAGAGGAAGACCGUUAUCGAUCGAAACGCAGCGGAAGGGGAAUGAUUCGGUGGAGCACAGGAGAGUGUCUCCAGUGCAGUCGCCUAAAAUCAGUUCAAGAAGACCAGACCAAACGGCGGCGAAUCGAUCUCCCAGGAACAUCAAGAAACCAACGGUUGAGAUUGCUCCCAGGGAGGAAAAGGUGUUUCCUCGGGCGGAGGACGAAUAUUCCACCACCAUGUCAGAAAGCAGCAUCAACAAUAGCACCUCUUCACAAGCCGACACGGAGAGGUGGAAGGUGGAGGAGUACAAAGAAGGGAGGAGUAUGUUGGAGAGGUGCGAUAAGCUGCUUCACAGCAUAGCUGAGUUGCAACCGAGUCCUGUCUCGGUGCUCGACUCCUCGUUUUACAAAGAGGAAUCUUCGCCUUCGCCAGUCAUGAAACGCAGCAUUGAUUUCAAAGUUGAAAUGGAAGACAUUUGGGGGGAGGCAAUGUGGGGAGCCGAGUCCGAAAUCGAAGACGGGGAUUUCAUCUAUGUAUCGGAGAUCCUUCGGGUUUCCAAUUACUUACCGGAAGACUCCGACAUUUUCCUAUUACUAGAGAAGAAGCAACAUUUCAAGGGAAAGGACACCUCCAAAGAGUCAACACUCGAGAGAAGGCUCAUUUUCGACACCGUCACCGAAAUUCUCGACCGAAACCGCCGAUUGCCACCGUGGAAGGCGGUCUCGUGGCAAAUUUCGUUGCCCGAAAUUUGGUCGGAGCUUCGGAGAAUCCGAGAGAGGGACAAGUCCGAGGACUUGUUCGAGGUCAUAUGCGGGGUGUUGAGAAAGGACCUUGCAGGCGACUCGAUCAACGGUUGGGGAGAUUGUUCGAUCGAAAUGUCCGACGCCGUUUUGGACAUCGAACGGCUCAUUUUCAAGGACUUGAUCGGCGAAACGAUCCGAGAUCUCGCUGCUUUUCCCACCAACUAUAGUAAAGUUUCGGCGCCUUGUAGGAAGUUGGUCUUCUAAAAGCAUAAAGUUUCCAUUUCGCGCGCUUUUUAAAUUGUAAUCAAAAUUAAAAUAUCAUCUUUUAGUUUUGAAUCUUUUUUUUCGUAUUUUAGAUUAGAAAAUGUUUGUCUCCGUUGUUAAAAACCAGGCAAAAAAAAUCUAACGGUCGAUCUGCUUUUGUAAUCUGUAAAAAAUGGUUUGUUUAUUCUAAUUUGUACUAUUAUAUUU